AGAGAUGGACUGUGAGGAAGGGCUUGGCAACAUCGCCCAGAAACAGAAGAUCUCAUUCCUGGAGAAUAACUUGGAGCAGCUCACAAAAGUCCACAAGCAGGCCAAAGAGCUGCAGACUCUUCACAACCUCCGCAAACUCUUCGUUCUGGACCUCACCACACGGGUUAAGAAGAGUGCAGAGAUGGACUGUGAGGAAGGGCUUGGCAACAUCGCCCAGAAACAGAAGAUCUCAUUCCUGGAGAAUAACUUGGAGCAGCUCACAAAAGUCCACAAGCAGGCCAAAGAGCUGCAGACUCUUCACAACCUCCGCAAACUCUUCGUUCUGGACCUCACCACACGGGUUAAGAAGAGUGCAGAGAUGGACUGUGAGGAAGGGCUUGGCAACAUCGCCCAGAAACAGAAGAUCUCAUUCCUGGAGAAUAACUUGGAGCAGCUCACAAAAGUCCACAAGCAGGGUCCGAGUUGCAACAUGGCCCGAGUUUCAUACCUACCCCACAAUCAACCUUCCCUGGGCAGUACCGGGUGGGUGCUGGGUCCAAAAACAACAGAAAUUUUGGAGGAAAAAUUUUAUUCUUAA